AUGUCGACAACUAUGCGGGGACUGGUCCAAUUCAUUGCCGAUUUACGAAAUGCUCGGGCUCGAGAGCUAGAGGAAAAGCGGAUUAACAAAGAGUUGGCUAAUAUUCGACAAAAAUUCAAGGAUGGGAAUUUGAACGGAUAUCAAAAGAAGAAAUAUGUUUGCAAGCUAUUAUACGUCUACAUACAAGGUUAUGAUGUCGAUUUUGGACACCUGGAAGCAGUAAAUUUGAUAUCGGCGGCCAAAUAUUCGGAAAAGCAGAUUGGAUAUUUAGCCGUAACGCUUUUUCUACACGAGGAACAUGAACUAUUGCAUCUGGUUGUGAAUAGUAUUCGCAAAGACCUUCUAGAUCAUAAUGAGCUGAAUAACUGCCUUGCCCUACAUGCUGUUGCAAAUGUGGGUGGAAGGGAAAUGGGUGAGGCUUUGAGUUCUGAUGUGCAUCGACUGUUGAUUUCGCCAACAUCAAAAGCGUUUGUGAAAAAAAAGGCCGCCCUCACCCUUUUAAGACUUUAUCGCAAAUACCCUGGCAUUGUACAGCAGGAAUGGGCGGAGCGAAUUGUUUCUCUGAUGGAUGACCCCGAUGUUGGGGUUACUCUUUCCGUCACAUCUCUUGUGAUGGCACUCGUUCAAGAUAAUGCUGAGCAGUACAGAGGAAGCUAUGUUAAGGCAGCCCAGAGACUAAAACGUAUUGUUCUGGAAAAGGAUGUUCCAGCAGAUUAUAUCUACUAUAAAGUACCUUGUCCAUGGUUGCAAGUGAAGCUGUUGCGGCUUCUUCAAUACUAUCCCCCAUCAGAGGAUUCUCAUGUCCGAGAGCUUAUUAGGCAAUCCCUCCAGGAAAUUAUGAAUCUUGCUGUGGACAUGCCAAAAAAUGUGCAACAAAACAAUGCUCAAAACGCGGUUCUCUUUGAAGCGAUAAACCUACUAAUUCACCUCGAAAAUGAACAGGCUUUAAUGAUGCAAAUCUCAACAAGACUGGGCAAGUUUAUCCAAUCACGAGAAACAAAUGUGCGAUACCUUGGGUUGGAAGCAAUGACGCAUUUUGCUGCCAGAUCUGAGACCUUAGAUCCAAUAAAAAAGCACCAGAGUAUAAUUAUUGGCUCUCUGAGAGAUCGAGAUAUUAGCGUAAGGCGAAAGGGAUUGGAUCUCUUGUAUAGUAUGUGUGAUACGACUAAUGCUCGGCCAAUUGUAACGGAACUGCUCAAAUAUCUUCAAACCGCUGAUUAUGCAAUACGAGAAGAAAUGGUACUCAAGAUUGCUAUUCUGACAGAGAAGUAUGCCACUGACGCACAGUGGUACAUUGAUAUCUCGCUAAACCUACUUUCCGUCGCUGGCGACCACGUUAGCGACGAGGUUUGGCAACGCGUGAUUCAGGUGGUAACCAAUAAUGAAGAGCUUCAGGCCUAUGCCGCGCAACAUAUAUUGGGGUACAUCAAAGUUGAUUGCCAUGAUAGUUUAGUGAAGAUUGGUGCAUAUAUUCUUGGUGAAUUCGGGCAUCUUAUUGCCGACAACAAAGGCUGUUCUCCCGUCGAGCAGUUCCUUGCCUUGUACUCCAAAACAAGCUACUGUUCGGAUCAUACCCGUGCUUUCAUAUUGUCUUGUUUUAUUAAAUUUGUGAACUUGUUUCCGGAAAUCAAGCCCCAGCUGCUGCAAGUGUUUCGCUCAUAUUCCCAUUCCCCGGAUUCCGAGCUCCAGCAGCGGGCUUAUGAAUAUCUUCAACUUGCUACUUUACCAACGGAUGAUCUUUUGCGUACAGUUUGUGACGAAAUGCCGCCAUUCUCGGAAAGGAUAUCAGUGUUGCUUUCUCGCCUCCACCAGAAAAGCGCCGGUACCAGCGAUAAACGUACUUGGGUAGUUGGAGGAAAAGAUGCAAAUGCUGAUUCUAAAGAAUUUAUGCUGACUCAAAAACCUGGCUUAAGACGUACGUUUACCACUAUAGCCAACGGUACGUCUGGGUCUAGUGAGGUCUCCAAAGCAACGGCCUCAAACGACUUAUUAGGACUGGAUUUCUCUACAGCUUCCAACGCACCUCCACCCAACCUAGCUAGUGCUGCACACCUUUCACCAGAUUGGGAAACCGGCUAUAAUAAGCUUUAUUUCGCGGAUGAGGGAGUUCUAUUUGAAGAUGCUCAAAUACAGGUUGGCAUACGCUCGGAGUAUCGCGGCCACCUCGGUGUCUCCAAAUUAUACUUCACUAACAAAUCUUCGUUCCCUAUUGGGUCAUUCACAACUACGCUUGAUAAUCCUUCGCCUGGCGGCUUGAAAAUCGAUACCAAGAGCUUACCGGAUCCUGAUGUUUAUGCGGCUUGUCAAACUCAAGAAACUGUUUGCUUUGAGUGUUUAGGUGCUUUUACCAAACCUCCGACAAUUAGAAUAUCAUACCUGGCCGGUGCCCUUCAAGCAUACACCCUCCAGCUACCCGUGCUCAUGCACAGAUAUAUGGAUGCCUCCAGCCUAUCACCUGACGAAUUUUUCAAACGAUGGAGGCAAAUUGGAGGGGCACCCCUUGAAGCCCAGGUAACAUUUGGGAUGGUCAAGAGUACCAACAGAACAAUGAAUGAGUCGUCGACUCGGAGAAUUGUGGAAGGCUUCAAAUGGAAGAUAUUAAGUGGGGUGGAUCCGAACCCAAAGAACAUUGUUGGGUGUGCCGUUUACCAAUCCGAAAGUCGGAAAACUGGGUGCUUGAUGCGGCUUGAACCUAAUUAUGAAAAGCAUGUAUGUUUGUGUCGUGUCCCAAGAUCCACUGUCACACCUUUUGCUAACUCAAGGCAGAUGUAUCGACUCACAAUCCGAGCGACGCAAGAAGAUGUGCCUAAAGCUUUGGUAGAACUGAUGGAGGAACGAUUAGCGCGAGGGAUAGCGAACGACGAUGUAUACGGAUAG